AUGUCCUUUUCACGUUUUGCCCUUGCGGGUCUCUUGCUCAGCGUAGUAAAAGCUGAUAUAUUGCCAUCCUCAAGUAAUAUCGCAGUCUCUAGUCAAGCCCAAGUACAGCCUUCAGUGCACUGUCGUACCAUUUUGGGAACGAAAUCUGUCUCUUCUGUCCCUACGACGACCAAGACCCGUCAUAUUCAUGACCCUACUCCUGUCGUGAUUUUCACCACGGUUCAGGAUACUGUCACUUCCACUCCUUUAGCCUCAACCAUACUGGCGACGGACUAUGCGACUACUACUGUCACUACUACCGCAACACCAGCCACUGAUGUAUUCUCAACCACAUCGACUGCUUAUGAAUACGCGACUUCUUGGGUUACUCCCAGCGAUUUCACCACAACUGUUUGGUCGACCGACUUGAUCACUCAGACUAGUACCACAACUAUUGCUACCUCGGCUGGUUUCACUCCUAUUGUGGACACUUUCACCACGGCUACUGCCCAGAAAAGAUCAUUGAACGAAGGAGUAGAGCAGUGCACUCCUUGGCUAGAUGAUUACCAGUAUCCUAAAGAGGUGGUCUGCGAAGUGAAGUACAUCAUCAAGACCACCACAGUCUCGACCGUCACUGAGGCUCCCGCCACUGCUACUGCUGUUGCACCUUCCACGACCGUCACAUUGACCAGUACCGUCACUUCCAACACUGUGCUUAUUCCCUCCGACGUCUCUAUCACAUCAAGCUUCAGCACUACUUCCUAUGUCACCGUUGUUAGCGACUUACCUGUCGUGACAGAUACUGUCACUUCCACUACCAGCCAGGUAGUCGCUAUCAGCACUACAUCUGCGUACGCCGCAUGUGCCACCAACAACAUCGCAUCCGCCCCUCUUGGCUCGGAAUUCGGCAUCUAUGCCGGUCAAUACAUUUUCCAAAUUGUGUUCAGCCAUCUUCCUGAUGACUCCAUUUCUGUGGGUGACUCCACUUCCGAGACGGCCUGCUGUGAGAGCUGCCAGGAAAGCUCGACUUGCGCUCUGUCCUACUAUCAUGCUACUAGUACAAGCAAAUGGUGCUACCUGAUGAAUGUGAAAACUUGCGCGUUUUCUAGUGAUUACGCCACGGCUUAUGUUGAAGACAAUACCAAUGGGUUCUCAGUCUCCAACGGAAACUGUGCCCACUACGUCGCAUAUGCUUAG